AUGGUAAGAAGUUCGCACCAAGCUACUUCUCCAUUCUGGACUGACACAACCCCUUGUGAAAUCGCACAGUCGAUCAACCAAAACAUAGAUCAGCUCGUGGUACGGCUACAACGCCGAGACCUGAUCUCAUCACGGCAGACGGCGCUCGAGACCGCCCAGCUCCUCUACCGCUUCGUCGGAUCAGCCCGGUACAACAGCAUCGAGCAGCUGCUGGAGCAGAUCAAAGCCGUCGGCAAGCGGUUAAUCGCCGCCAACCCCAAGGAGCUGGCCGUCGGCAACAUCGUGCGCAAGGUGCUCCGGCUGAUCCGAGAAGAAUAUCGAGCAGCAUGUCUCAGCCAGUUGGAACAAGAGGGACAAGACCUGCGUUCGGGAUCGAAUGCCGAGGGCCAUUCCGUCCCCGGUACUCCCAUGCCGCCCACACCCGGGAUUCACGUACCAGCUAGUCACUGGCUCAGCGACAACUCGAACAAGUCCCCCUUCUUCACCAACGAGGCCACUGGUUCGCCAUCGUCGUAUCCGAAUUCGACAGGUUACGCAUCCCCACCACAAGCCAGACCGGUACCGACACAGCUGUCUACCUUUGUUCAGAUGAGGCAUACGCGCGCUCAGCUGGAACGAGCGGGGAGCACAACCAACCUGUUCGGCCUCGAAACGACCGUCAUGACUCCUGGACCCAUGAUGGAUUCGCUCUUCUCCCCUGUACCUCAAAACGAAACCUCGGGGUCAUAUCAGCCUCAUCGGAAUUCCUUUCCUGGCUUGUCGGCAUUGGGCGACUCUCUGCCAAACGCAAGGCAAGAGACACCACCUCAGAGCCCUCGACAACCUCGGUCGGCCACCAGCGGGAUGACCGCCAAGCAGAAUGCCAGGCUGAGGGAACAAAAGGCCAUGCAGAUGAAGCCGGUGUUGGUCGACGCUAUCAGGGAGGUCGUCGAUGAGAUAGAGACGACACACGAGACGUGUGCCAAGGGGGCCAAGGAGCAUAUCCACAGUUCCGAGAUCAUCUUGACCAUCGGCUACUCCAAGACGGUUGAAGCCUUUUUGAAGAGUGCAUGGAAGGACCGGAAUUUCACCGUCAUUUGUGCCGAGAGCUCACCCUCACGGCUAGGGACAACAAUGGCCAAGGCAUUAGCGAAACACAACAUCCCAACCGUCUUGGUCCCCGAUUCAUCGAUUUACGCGUUGAUGCCUCGUGUGACCAAGGUCAUCUUGGGCGCUCAUUCGGUCCUAGCCAAUGGAGGGUUAUUUGCCAUAGGAGGAUCCCUCCUCGCGGCGGUCGCGGCGCGAGCGCAGUCGACACCGGUGGUAGUAGUCGCGGGGCAGUACAAGUUUGCCCCGACCUGGAAUCUGUACAAUGACCCGGCUGCAUUGGACUUUGGAGAUCCAAGUGAGGUUUUGAGCUUUGAGGAGGGCGAGUUCUUGGACAAGGUCGACGUCGCAAACCCGUUUUACGAUUACAUCAAGCCCGAGCUCAUCAGCCUGUUCAUCACAAACGAGGGAGACCAUUCGCCAGCUUAUAUUUACAAGCUGGUCAACGAAGCUUACGACGAGGCAGACGUCGAGUUGUAG